AUGUUGGUGGCCGGCUCCCAGGGCUCAGCCAGCCCUGGGCGAUGCGCCAGUGACACACACGCUGCUGCCUCCCCGCUCACACCCACAUCCCGGGAGGAGUCGCUGCUCCUGCCGCGCGCCCCCGGCCGGCCCGCGGCGGCGCUUCUGUGCUCCGUUCCCCUCGCCGCUCCGGGAAACCGCAGCGGGGCGGGCCGGGAUGAGCUCACGCCGCCGCCCGCCAGGCCGCCCCGGCCUAACUCGCUCCAGAUGCCGGGCGGCCCAACAGGCCGGGUCUGCGCCAGGGGAUGGCACUCGGUCGCCCCCUGCGGGGCACUGCGCCUGGCCUCGGGGAGGUUGCCCUUGCCAGAACGUCUGGGUAACCCCGCCCGGUCUUUCCCGCCAUCCCCGGUUCCCCCGGACGUCCUGAUCCACAACCAGGUACUGCGGCUCAAGUCUCCCGCCUUCGCGGCCCUGGCCAGUUUUUCAUGGAAAAGCAGACAUCUUAGAUCGUACCAUGUAGCAGGUCGGGACACCGGAAAGCUGGGUGUUCCUCGUCUCAUUCCCAGAUGGCUUCUCCUUACCAGCGCUGGGCCAGUGUGCGGCCACGUGCUCACGAAGAUCGUGGGCGGCCAGGACGUGCAGGAAGGCGAGUGGCCGUGGCAGGUGAGCCUGCGGGUCAGCGGCAGGCACGUGUGCGGGGGCACCCUCAUCGCGCAGCAGUGGGUGCUGACGGCCGGCCACUGCAUCUUGAGGCGACACCAUUACAGCGUCAAGAUGGGGGACCGGAGUGUCUUCCAGGAAAUCACCAGCGUGGUGGUCCCGGUCAAAAGCAUCACUGUGCACCCGCGGUACUCCACGAUUGGAACCAUUCACCAUGAUCUGGCCCUUCUCCAGCUUCACUACCCUGUGAAUUUCACCGUCACCAUCCACCCCAUUUGCAUUCCUGACGCGACUUUCAAAGUGGCAGCCGGGACCAGGUGCUGGGUGACCGGAUGGGGCAGGACACAAGAAUUCGGUGGCAAACUGGUUUCAUUCACUCUCCAGAAGGUCGACCAAUUCAUCAUCUACUAUGAAAAGUGUAAUGAGAUGAUGAAGAAGGCCACUCGAAAGACUAAGGAUUUAGUACUGCCAGGGAUGAUCUGCGGCUACAAAGACGUAGGGAAGGAUUCUUGCCAGGGAGAUUCCGGGGGCCCCCUGGUCUGUGACUAUGAUGACACGUGGGUCCAGAUGGGGAUCGUGAGCUGGGGCUUUGGCUGUGGUCGUAGGGAGGUGCCCGGAGUUUACACAGACGUUGCAGUCUAUUCUAAGUGGAUCGUCGGAGUGGUGAACCAGGUUACCGUUUUGUCCCCAGCGGUGCUCCUUAUCAUGCCCCUGUGUCUGGGGCUGCCCCUGGGCCUCCUGGUGACCCCGUGAUCACCUAUCACCGAGGCCCACUCCCCUCCUGUCUCUGAGGCUCCUACGAGCCCUCUCCUCCCACUCCUCAGCGCCCUCCCCUCACUUUCCUGUUGGGACCCACUGACCCUGCACAGAGCCACACAACACAGCAGAGGCGAGACUGGAGUCCUGAAAGCAAGCCUGCCUGGUGCCCAGGCCCCUGCCUCGGCCCCGCCUCCACCCUGCCUGUGCUCUGCCUGCCAGGAGGGAGGGGCGAAGCCAUCCCAGCUCCAGGGCCAGCUGACCUGCCAGCUGGAGCAGGUGCUGCAAGGAUGGCUCAGAGAACCGUCUACCAAGGAAGAGGCGGCAUCCACGGUGGACACCUUAGACCUGACACUUGGUCAAGCCAGUUGGCUUGCUGACUGUCCAGAGAGAGUGAAGGAGGUGUCUGUCACCCUGUCCCUGCUGGGGUGUGGCUUGCACAGGACUCAGGUGUCUGGGGCGGGGGGAAGCUCCCCGCACCCCAGUGCAGAUUGAUCUGUGAGUGGCCAGCCUCUGCCACGCAAGCCCUCCUGGGUCAUCUCUUCUCCUGGAACCCCCUUCCUCAGUGUCCUGGCGGCCACAUCCAGGCUCAGCCCGAGUUGUGUUGAGGCACGAAGGAGUGCGGAGAUUUCUGAUGUCAGUUGAAUAAA